AGGGCGGGCAGCAAGUGUCUCUGGGCCCGGGAGGCUGAUAUCCCUCUGUGGAAACUUUGAGGAGUUUCUUGUGAGGACCGGAGGAGGAGAGAGGAGAGGAAACACUGUGGAUGUAACAGAUCACUUUGGUGCAUUUGUGAAAAAAACCUCCAACAUGGACAACGAAACCACCAUCGACCCGAGUUGCCUGCAGAAGCCUCCUCUCGCCAUCGACGUCAUCCUCAAGUUGGACAUUUUCGGCAUCGUCCUCUACUCUAUACUCACCUUCAUGGCCGCCGUGUCCAUGCUGGUCUUCAUGGAGGAGUGUGUGUACAUCUAUAGGAAAGUGCCCAACAACAAGAAAAGUGUGAUCAUCUGGGUGAACGGGGCGGCACCGGUGAUCGGCACCAUGUCGUGUGUUGGGAUGUGGAUCCCCAGAGCCACCAUGUUCACUGAUAUGACCUCAGCAUGCUACUUUGCGGUGGUGGUGUUCAAGUUCCUGAUCCUCAUGGUGGAGGAGGUGGGGGGGGACGAGGGCUUCCUGAAGCGAGCGGGCAGAUAUAAACUGAAGAUAAGCACCGGGCCGUGCUGCUGCUGCUGCCUCUGCCUGCCUCACGUGGAAAUCACACGGCGCACGCUCUUCCUGCUCAAACUGGGCUCCUUCCAGUUUGCCGUCCUGAAGAUUGUCUUCACCAUCCUCUCCAUUGUGCUGUGGACCAACGGCACCUUCGACCUGUCCGACGUGAGUCUAUACCACGGAAAAACUCUCAGUGCUAUUCUCAUUUAUUACAGAUUCCCAACUGUUGUUUGCAUGUCAUUUUCUAGAAGUUGCCCUGCAGCAAUUAUUACCAAAAUCAGAUUGCUUUGUUCUUCCCUGAGUGAAAUCAGUUUGAUUCCAUUUUAUAAUUCAAUAUUUAAGUAAAUGUAAGAACUGGUGCUGAUCUUGAGCCAGCUGCAGACAGCCAUCAUCAACAUCUUGGCGUUGAACGGCACCAUCGCCUGCACUCCGCCCUUCUCCGCCACGUCCAGAGGAUACAUGAUGAGUCAGCAGCUUUUGGUCCUGGAGAUGUUCCUCAUCACGCUGGUGACGCGGCUGCUUUACCGCCGACAGUACGACCCGUUACCGGACGAGCAGAGAGAAAUCAACGAAAACACCAAGAUGGUGGCAGUACACGGGUCUGCAUGAGGAGUGUGUGUGUGUGUGUGUGUGGUAUGUGUGUGUGUGGUAUGUGUGUGUGUGUUUUAUGACCUGCAAGUGUUUGGUUAAGAGAUUAUAUAAGUCAAUAAAGAUACAUGUUUAUGAAUUAUA